AUGGAAUCGACAAAGGUUUUAGGUUUUGUAGAAAUUCUUACACAAGCCCUCAAAAUCCUCUUCAAAAAUGGGAAACUCUUGGUUUCCAUAGCCUCUCUGACACUAUUGUUUACCUCGCUCAUUUUCUUGCUCAACGUCUUCUUCAUUAGUCCAAGAAUCACCGACUUUAUCGUCGAAAAUAGCUUCCUGCUUGUCACUAAUCCUAGCAGCCCCGAAUUCACAACUCUCCUUGUCGGUAUGAAACAAGACAUUCAGAUCUUCCUGGGUUUCCAAUGGAUUUUCCUGGUCGCCAACAUCAUCAUCACCGUACUAUCAUCAAUAGCAUUAAUCUUGGCAUCCGCGGCAUCAUAUCAAUACGGUGCAAAUAAUCCAUCAUUGAAGGAACUGAUGUUGAUAUCUUUGAAAUCAUUAAAAGGACCAUUCAUUACUUGGUUUUACACGACUCUACUUGGUGUUGGCUACAUGUUCUUUGUACUGGGAAUUCUGGUCCCUGCAUUUAUCAUGAUGGGAAGUAUCGCAUUCGCAGCGUCCAGCGUUACCUCUAUGUUGCUCUCUUUUCUAGCAGCAGCAUCUUAUUCAUACCUAGCAAUGGAUUGGACAUUGGCAGUAAUUGUUUCAGUAGUUGAAGAGAAAUAUUGUGGAAUUGAGGCACUAGAGAAGGGUAAACAACUUGUUAAAGGCAUGGAGCUAUAUGGGUCUGCUCUAAAUUUUCUCUUCUCUGUAUUGUCACUAGUUGUGUUGCAAGGGAUGAGGUUGAUCAACUUCAAGCAAUCUGCAGCUGUUGAAAUCACAAUUGGGUUGAUCGUGUUGAAUUCUGUUUGCUUGAUUAGGAUGUUUUGGUUGUUGGUGUACACAAGCUUCUAUUAUCAGUGCAAGAAGAAUCAUGGAGAAGAAGUUGAAAUGCAAGUAAACAUGGAAUAUUACAAAGCAGCUGGUCAUGUUCCCUUGAUCAAUGAAAUUGUAGUAUGA